AUGGCUACUGACGGUGCUAAUGCGUUUCGUGGUGCGCUCGGGUGGAUCGGAUGGUCUGUUCCUGCGGCGAACGCGUUUACGAACGAAGGUUUUGAUGCGAUGGAAUCCCUUGGCUUGGUUACCUGUGACCGUCUUAAGGAUAUCUGCAAGAUCAUUCGUCGUGGUACCGAUGGCGUGGCCGCAGUGCCAGCUGCUGGUGGAAAUGCUGCGGUGGCGGCGGUGCCUGGCAUCCCUGGGAUAGCGAUCCCCAUGAUGUGGGAGUACAAGCUAAGCGGAAUGCAUCUCUGGGUGUCUGAGCGUCUCCGACAGGGGACUCCGGUUGUUGCGGCGGACUUUACUGCGGCCAUUGGAAACCUGUACACCAGGAAAGUGCGUAAAUUGGAAGAAGCGAAGGAUGACGAGGAUGUCCAGGUCAAGCCCCCGGCUCCGUUCUCGAAAGAAACGAAGUGGAUUUCGUUCUUCAAGUUGCUGGUCAAUUAUUUGAGCUCCGUGACGGGUGUCAACAAAGUGCCAUUGGAUUAUGUUGUCCGGAAGGAUGACAACAUUGCUGCCCCCAAUGCCGAGUUUGAGACGGAGCACAAGAAGUUGGUGUUGUUGACUCCCCAUUUGGGGACGGCUUUCGACAAAGACAACGGCAAAGUUUGGAUCCAGGUGAAGCAAUUGACUGUGAACGGUCCGGCCUGGACCUACGUUGCUCCUUUCGAGAAGAAACGCGACGGUCAUGGAGCGGUCAAGGCUUUGAACAGCCACUAUGAAGGAGAUGCGGUGAUGUCAAAAUCGAAGGCGGCUGCCUUUAAUGUGCUUGAGCACACCACCUACACUGGAGAACGUCGAAAUUUCGGUAUGGAACGGUACACGAACGCCUUGUCCACGGCAUUCCAGACCUUGGACAAGUACGGAGAGACCUUGACGGAGUCAAGAAAUGUGGAUGUGUUCCUCCGCAACAAUCACUGUACGGAUCCCAAGAUGCUCUCAGGAAUUGCGGUAAUUCAGGGAGACGCGGAUUGGAUGUCCAAUUUUGCCAAGGUGGCCGACCAUUUGGCCUUGUUUACUAACACCGAUAACUCUCAAAAGACAGGUUGUUUGAUCUCAAGUGCUCAGCGGACUAGUAACAACAAGAAGAAGCCGGGUAUCCGAGCGGGCAAUUAUAACCCAAAUGAAUGGCAUCAACUCUCGGACAAGGCAAAGGACGAAGUUAGAGCCAAGCGAGUGGCCGCCAAGUCCUCUCGCAAUAAAAAUAAGCGCUCGGCAGCAGCAAUCACUUGUUCGAGCAAGAAACCUGACAAAAAUCAGUUUGCUCUCCCGAAUAAGAAGAAAAAAAGGAAGACUGUUGGUUUUGAAGGCGAAACGAGCAAUUGA